AAAUUAGAAAUAAUAAAUUUUUAAAAUAAACACCAGCUGUUUGGGCGGUUAGCGCGUGCCUAACUAGUUAUGCAAAUUUGUAACAACGUGCACCAUAAAAAGUCACCGAUUGCAACCAGUUUUUGUUAUAAUAUUAGUGAUAUAUAUACAUAGUUGCACGUGCUGACGUCCGAAAGCGAGUAAACAAUUUUUGUUUUUUUUUUUAUGUUUUUUGCUUGCAUAUUAUCACUAUUCACUUUAAAAUUGUUUUUCGAGUUGCAUUUUACCUUUUUUUUUACAUUUGCUUAGCAGACAUUUUCGGCUAGCCGCUAGCACAUGGUUUUUUAUUUUGCCGGAAAGUCAACUUGGCAGUUGUAAGCGCGCUUUGACAAUUAAAUUGUCCAAUUGUCCGAACGGUAGUUCUCGCCUGAUUUUAGUGCUAAUAAUUAGUUGUUCGUUGCCAAAUUAGUUAAUUGUUCGUUUAGUCUUCCGCGUAAAUAUCCAAAUGAAUAUGCUCUAGUGUUAUAAAUUGUAAAAAGUAUGAAAGUAAUGCAAAAGUUAGUCUUUCGCAGAAAAGUGAAAUAUACCAUACAGUUGAAACCGGCAGCAGGAGAAGCCACAAUAAUACCGACGUGUAAUGAGCCGCAGGAACUGGUUUUUGAUAAGUACAUACAUAGUUAUGCCCAUAAAGGCUGCAUGUGCUUGCAAUCAGACAACAAGUGGCAAAGUGAUUACGUUGAAAUCGUAAAAAUUUAUAAAACAACAAUAAAAAGUGGAAAAGUUACAAAGGAAGUCAAUUCAUGUACAAAGCAAGAACUCGAUAAAACAAAAAACAAUAAUAAAAAAGUGCAACAAAAUAAAAAAAAAAACAACAACGCAGGCAGGAAAAGAAGUGCAACAAAUUAACGAGAAAAUUAUAACUCGAAACACACACAACAUCGCGCGCAGUGCUGCAACAGUUGAUAUUGUGUGUGCACCAGCAUGGCUUCCCUACAGCAAUACCAACACCAGAAGCGGCCAAGCAUCACAAACUGGUUCUCUUCGCUACGUCGACAGCCGAAGAACAAGAAAGCCGCUGCAUUGCAAACCGGCGGCGACAAGCAUUUUCAACGCAGCUGCAUCGAUCUCAGCGCCAACAGCACCUUCUAUGUGCCGCAAGUGGAGCUCGGUGAUAAGAAGGUGGGCCAAUGUUAUUUGCCCAGCGCAAGCGCAUCCAUCGACAAUCUGCAGGACGAUGAAGAUGCCACAAGUGAUGACAAGCGCGCCUUGGUGAGUGGCAAACGUGUGUCGCAAUUGUGUUCACGUUGUUGCUGCAGCAGCAAGUAUGCGACGUCGUCACGUCCCGAAACGCCGCAAAUGCGGAAACGUGCCGAUACAACGCCGGCGCACGUGAAAACAAAGCCAACAACACCAAUAACAACGCCAAAGACGAAAGCCAAGUCACCGGCAAAAGAAACACCCUACAUCAGCAUGGCCAGCCACCGUAUACUCGCGCUCACCGACAAUCCCAUUUAUGAGGGCCUCACCACGACGGCGCCCAUCACGUUGAGCAGUCAACGCACCGUGGAGAAAGAAGUCCGACGCAAUGUUGAAGUGACGCACACGCCUUGCGACGAACCGAACACGCUGCUGCUGACGAAACGCUCGGAAUUUACACGCUCUGUGACCACGACCAUCCAAAAUACCAUGGUGAUAACGCGUCCCGUCGAAUUGUUGUUGAACGAGCGCGGUGAGGUGGUAGCGCGGCGACCGCAACGUGAGCGCGUCAAACAACGCUCGAAUAGUUUGGACAACGUGCUGAACGAGGAUGAGGAGUGCGGCGGCGAUGCUCAUACGGCGAGCGCGAAUAGCAUGCCAAUCUGCGCGUUGCGGCACGGCGCAAGUCCGCUUAAUGAUGUUGGCGGUGGCGAUUUGCGUUUUAUUGACGACAAUUCAACGUCACAAAGUGAAACGGAACGCAGCGCGCAACAACACAACAACAAGGAAAACAAUAAGCCGAGCUGCAAUGGUGGCAGCAAAGCGUUUGCAAAGAAUCUACAAUUGAAUUUGAAUGUGGAAGAAGUGGGUGGUGGCAGUGGAGGUGGCGGCGUUCUCAGCUGUGAUGGCGACACUAACGGCUAUGACAACAACAAUUAUCUCUGUGAUGACUGCCGGAAUGUCUUGGUGCGGAACCGCAACAAUGCCGCACAAAAUGCUGUGAUACUGCGCAACAACAACAAGCAAAUCAAAGAUGAACUCGGUGAGGUCGUAUCGGAAAUGGAGUCGCUGGACGUGCCCGAAGAAAAUAAACAUUCCAAUAAAGAGAAACAAAUGUCAAUUGGGCGGAAAAAGUUUAAUAUGGAUCCAAAGAAAGGUAUUGAAUACUUAGUGGAAAAUCGCCUGCUUCGACACGACCCCCAAGAUGUUGCGCAUUUCCUCUACAAAGGCGAAGGUCUCAAUAAAACAGCAAUCGGUGACUACUUAGGCGAAAAGAACGACUUCAAUGAGGACGUGCUGAAAGCAUUCGUAGCACUGCACGACUUUACGAAUCUAAUAUUGGUGCAAGCUUUAAGACAAUUCCUGUGGUCAUUUCGGCUUCCGGGUGAGGCGCAGAAAAUCGACCGUAUGAUGGAAUGUUUCGCGCAACGCUAUUGCCAACUAAAUCCGGAUAUAUUCACAAAUACCGAUACGUGUUACGUGCUAAGUUUCGCCAUUAUUAUGCUCAAUACAUCACUGCACAACCCAUCGGUUAAGGACAAGCCCACCGUUGAGCAUUUCAUUUCAAUGAAUCGCGGCAUUAACAACGGCGGCGAUCUACCCCGCGGCCUACUAGAAUCCCUUUACGAAUCAAUACGAACGGAACCAUUUAAAAUACCACAAGAUGAUGGUAAUGAUUUGAUGCAUACAUUCUUCAAUCCAGACAAGGAGGGCUGGCUGUGGAAGCAGGGUGGACGUUAUAAAUCGUGGAAGCGACGCUGGUUCAUAUUGAACGACAAUUGUCUGUACUACUUCGAGUACACAACGGAUAAAGAACCCAGAGGCAUCAUACCACUGGAAAAUAUAUCGGUUCGCGAAAUACACGAUCGCAGCAAACCCCAUUGUUUUGAACUGUUCGCGACCGGUGGCGCUGAUAUUAUUAAAGCUUGUAAGACUGACUCCGAGGGAAAGGUUGUGGAAGGCAAACAUACGGUAUACCGCAUGUCGGCGGCAACGGAAGAGGAUCAACUAGAAUGGAUCAAACGUUUAACACAGUCGAUUAGUCAUAAUCCCUUCUACGAUAUAUUAGUACAAAGAAAAAAGAAGGCGCUUAGCAAAAGUUAG